UAAACAUCAACUCCGUCCUCUAGCAAACGUUUUACUCAAACCCAACUCCACCAACUACAGAGAAAAGCUUAAAUAAAAGUUUUCAUCUUGUUACUUAUUUGAAACGCUCGGAGAUCGGAACGUACUCUUUUCUUCUUGUCGUGUAUGGACAUCAACUGUUAUCAACCAUCAGGAUACACUCGUGAUAUUCUUCUUCCAAAUCGAAUUUACUAAAUUGUGGUUUUCUUCUUGAAGCUUAGUAUCUAUAGGUUUGAUUCGUCUACUAAUCCACUCUGUCUUCAUCCUUGUACCUAUUGACCUAGGCGUAAAAUAUGUCGUCCGGACAGGGUGCUUCUUCUGGUAAAACGGCGGUGGGUAUUGAUUUGGGGACCACCUACUCCUGUGUGGGAGUGUGGAAAGAUGACGGCGUGGAGAUAAUUGCGAACGACCAAGGCAACCGCACGACUCCUUCCUACGUUGCUUUCACGGAUAACGAGCGGUUGAUUGGCGACGCGGCUAAGAAUCAAGCAGCGCGCAAUCCAGAAAACACGAUCUUUGAUUCGAAGCGCUUGAUCGGACGCAACUUCUCGGAUGCGGUUGUGCAGGCUGACGCGAAGCUGUGGCCGUUCAAGGUGCUCCCUGGGCCUGCCGACAAGCCUCUGAUUGAGGUGCAGCUUGGCAACGGCGAAACUAAGAAAUUUCAUCCAGAAGAGAUCUCUUCCAUGAUCCUGGCGAAGAUGAAGGAAACAGCGGAGGCGUUCUUGGGCAUGCCAGUUACCGACGCGGUAGUUACGGUGCCAGCAUACUUCAACGAUUCGCAGCGCCAGGCCACCAAGGAUGCUGGAAGCAUCUGCGGCUUGAACAUCCUGCGCAUCAUUAACGAGCCGACGGCGGCGGCCAUUGCAUACGGCUUGGACAAGAAAAGCAGUGGAGAGAAGAACGUUCUGAUCUACGAUAUGGGCGGGGGUACCUUCGACGUGUCGCUGCUCAGCAUUGACGAAGGCAUUUUUGAAGUGAAAGCGACUGCUGGGGACACGCAUCUCGGCGGCGAGGACUUUGACAACCGCGUUCUCGAUUUCUGUGUUCAGGAUUUUAAGCGCAAGAACCGUGGAAAAGACAUUACAGGGAACCAGCGCGCGCUGCGGCGCCUGCGCACGCAAUGCGAGCGCGCGAAACGCACUCUUUCCUCGUCUACGCAAGCUGUGAUUGAGAUUGACUCCCUCUUUGAGGGCAUCGACUUUUCGUUGACGCUGUCGCGUGCCCGCUUUGAAGAGCUGUGUAUGGACUACUUUCGGAAUUCUAUGGGCCCAGUGGAGAAAUGCCUCCGCGACUCCGGCAUCGACAAGCAGAACGUACACGAAGUCGUGCUCGUGGGAGGCUCCACGCGCAUUCCUAAGGUCCAGGCCAUGAUCCGCGAGUUUUUCAACGGGAAAGAGGCUUGCAAGGGAAUCAACCCCGACGAGGCGGUGGCGUUUGGCGCAGCUGUCCAGGCCGCAAUCCUGCAGGGCAAUACGAACUCCAAGACGCAGGACAUGGUCCUUCUCGACGUGGCUCCGUUGAGCAUGGGGCUCGAAACUGCUGGAGGCGUCAUGACGAAGUUAAUCGAGCGCAACACAACCAUCCCGACUAAGAAAACGCAGACCUUCACCACGUACGCGGACAACCAGCCGGGCGUGCUCAUCCAGGUGUUCGAGGGAGAGCGCACGAUGACGAAAGACAAUCACUUGCUCGGAAAAUUCCACUUAGAUGGCAUUCCACCAGCGCCUCGGGGUGUCCCGCAAAUCGAGGUUACCUUUGACGUGGACGCGAACAGCAUCCUGCAUGUGACUGCAGCUGACAAAUCCAGCGGAAAAUCUAGUAAAAUCACAAUCACGAACGAAAAGGGCCGCCUUUCGAAGAACGAGAUCGACCAAAUGGUUGCCGACGCCGCUAAGUACGCCGAGGCUGACGUGGAGAACAAGGCAAGAGUUGAGGCCAAAAAUGGACUCGAGAACUACUGCUAUUCCCUCAAGAACAGCCUAGGGGGAGACUCGAAAUUACAGGAGAAAAUCGGCCCCAUGAUCAAAGACAAGCUUGACAAGGCGAUCGCGGAAACCCUGUCUUGGGUAGAUGCGAACCAGCUGGCGGAGAAAGACGCAUUCGAGGCUAAGCAGAAAAGUUUGGAAGAAAUCGCAAACCCGAUCAUGAGAAACGUCUACCAACAGCAACAGCGCGAUGCAGGAUCCGCUGCAGCAGCGAAUGCUGGACAGGGAGGGCAAGGCCCAAGUGUUGAGGAAGUGGACUGAUUCGAGCGGGAACAUUUUGAAGAGGAUGAAGAGAAACAACUACAAUGAAAAUGAAUAAGAUACAGAACAAUCACGAUGAGUAUUGAGGUAUUAUGGUGAUGCUGUGGCGAAUUCGCAUUGUCACCAUGCUAAUCAGAGAAGAUAUUGAUAAUGAUCGUUCGAAUUACAUUUAAUAGAUACAGGUGCGAUGGUGUGUAUAGAACUAGAAGAAUUGUUGAAGCAUUUUAUUUUCAAGAAAUAAGAAAAGGACAGAUGAUCAGUCGAUACAACAUAAGUACUAAAGACGAAGCGAAGGCGUAACCAUUUACUUCAGGGAGUUAAUGAAGAGUGAGUAAGUUAAAAAGGUUUGGACUCUUAAAUACAGUUUUUGAAAAGUAUAUUGUCGGUGGGAAUCUCGUUUUCGAAAAAGCUAGCGUUUAAGCUGGCUUGGUUCAUUUCGUUGCAAGCAUGGCAGUGAACGUAUAAAGCAGACGAGCGACUGUUUGUGGUCUCACUGACCACUGUAUGUUGCUCCAAAAACCACAAAAACCUAUGUAUUCUUAAAGAAGGCUCUAACCCGCAACCGUGUGAGGGGGGGGCUUCUAAAAACCAUUUUUAUUGAAAAAGGAGUAAGCAAAUUGGUGAUGAAUGAUUAUGAAGGUAGAUAGGAAGAUUGUGAAAGGUCUCUGC